AUGACUAUACCAAGUUUCUGGAUAUUGGUAGCUGUUCUGUUUCGGGCGGUAUGGUGUCUAAACGACGCUAAAGACUAUUAUGUUGCCCCGGAUUUGUUGCCUGGGUUGUCAGAUGUUAAGGAUCGGGAACGUAUUCCGGAGAUGCACGCAGGCCAUAUUCCUGUGAGCGAAGGCGAUGAUGACGAGAAGAACUACUUCUUUUGGAAAUUCCACGAUCUGUCCAACCAUUCAUCUGUUUCUGCUGGUAAUACGUUGAUAUUCUGGCUCAACGGUGGGCCUGGGUGUUCGUCUUUGGAUGGAGCCUUGAUGGAAUCCGGGCCAUUGCGUAUUGAUGACGAUGGAGAGGCGUAUUUGAACCCUGGAUCGUGGCACACCAGAGGUGAUAUUGUGUUUGUGGAUCAGCCUGCAGGCACUGGCUUUUCCACGGUUGGGGAUUCGGACUAUGACAAGGACUUGAAACAAGUCUCUAAGCAUUUCAUGGCGUUUUUAAAGAACUACUUCACGAUAUUUCCGGAGGAUUUGGAAAAGGAAAUGGUGUUGGCAGGCGAAUCGUACGCUGGGCAGUAUAUUCCGUUCUUUGCCAAUGAAAUCGUGGAGUACAACGACAAUCGUGGUGAAGAUGAUGCAGAGGAGAAGCCCUACAAGUUGAAGAGUUUGUUGAUUGGGAAUGGUUGGAUCGAUCCGGAUCAACAAUCGUUGUCGUACAUUCCCUUCGCUCUAGAAAACAAUUUGAUAUCUAAGACGGCAGACUACUUCCCUGAACUAUUGAAGGCGCACACGGACUGCCAAAAGUUGAUCGAUAGUAACACUGACAGCGACAAGUUUUCCUUCGAGGAGUGUGAGAACAUCUUAUCGAAGAUCCUUGCCUUCACUAGGAGGAAAACUGAUGAAAAGGGGAAAAAGGUCCCUUCGAAUCAGCAGUGCACUAACAUCUACGAUUAUAGACUGCACGACUCAUAUCCAGCUUGUGGGAGCAACUGGCCAGAGGACUUGCCAUUGGUGACGAAGUUUUUGAGCAAACCAGGUGUCAUGGAUUCCUUACAUUUGGAUGUCGACAAAGUGCCACACUGGAGGGAAUGUGACUCCAAGGUUAGCAAACAUCUAAAAAACAAAGGCGUGAAACCUUCUGUUCAUUUGUUGCCAAACCUUUUGACCCGCAUGCAAAUCUUCUUAUUUAACGGUGACAAGGAUAUCAUCUGCAACAACCGUGGGGUAGAAGACCUGAUAAAGUCAUUGAAAUGGAACAACCAAACCGGCUUCUCUAAGGACGUAGAGUACUAUGACUGGCAGUAUUACGACCAAUUCACGGGAGAUAUGAUUCCAGCAGGUUACGUCAAACACGAGAGAAACUUGACUUUCAUCUCCGUUUACAACGCUUCUCACAUGGUUCCUUAUGAUAAUGCAUUGAUCAGCAGAGGUAUCAUGGAUAUAUAUCUAAAGGAUGUUCAAUUGGAGCACGGUGACGACAACCGUGAUAGUAUUAUUGUCACAAAAGAUUUUGCCGUUGAAGUACCACCACCAAAUGACGUCAACUCAGACCCAAGCGAGAAUGACGAUCAAGAACAUGAUUCGAACGACCAAGACGGAAGUAGAGAAUCCGACAAAUCUAAAUUACAAGUGCUGAUAGUACUCUUACUCCUAUUAUCUGUGUGCGGAACAGUUGCAUAUUACUUACUGCGCGUAAGAUUCAGAAAGCAUAUUCACGCUAUACUGAUCGAUCCAGAAAAUAGACCACCCUCUUCCCAUAAGUCUGUCGCAUGGGCAGACGACUUGGAAAUUGGUGACGAUAAUGAUGACGACUUCAAGUUUUUGGUGGACGAAGACCCAUCUAAAAGCAAUUCUUCGUAUCCUACUGACACCGAUUCGUUUGAGUUGGAAAAUCUCUAA